AAGGUGCUCAGUCGUGUUUCAGCAUUCGACCAGAUCACUUGGGUGGAAAAAAAGCAGCAGUCGCUGAAUUUUUGCUCUUUUCUCAAAGUAUUAAUUUAAUUACUCUCCUCCUUUGACUUGGAUCAUACCAAAAGACAGCGUGUCCACGUUGAGAGUACCACACUUAACAAAGUAUCUUAAAGUUACAAAUUGUAAAACAACCUCCUUACACUACAAACAUGAGUUCGACGGAGAAUAAUAGCGAAGUCGCGGUGGAAAAUGUGACGACAAAUGAAAAAGCCGCCGAAGCAAAGGAGCUCAAAGGCACAAAAAGGCCGGCAGAAGAAAAACCUGUAGAAGCGAAAAAGUCGAAAAAGGAGGAGAACGGCGGCGGGGAUGACGAGGAGGAGGUCGAGGAUGAGGGCGAGGAGGUGGAAGCUGAGGAUGAGGAGUACGACCUUCCCUAUGGCGAAGAGGAUGUAGAUGGUGAAGAUGAUGAGGAUGAGGAAGAGAUUGAUGGUGAGGACGACGAUGAUGAUGCGUAAUGGCCUCGAUUUAGCAAAAAAAAAGGCUAAGUGCAGUGACUGAACGAACACAAUUAAUAUAUAUAGACUAUUUUAUCUCUCGACUACUGUGAGUGCAGUGUGUUGUAUAAUUUUAAAUUACAAUUUUUGACGAGGAUAAAAUGAUGAGGAAAAAUGUAAAGAACACAAGAAGAUCAUCCAUCAAGAAUCAACAGCAACAACAGAUCGUCUGACAAAUGUUACAUGGGAAGAAAUAAACCAUGUGGAAAAUUGUAACUGCAGCAGGAUUUUUUUUUGUCUAAUAAUUGUGUAAAAUGACGAAAGAGCAAAGAUACUAAAUUAAUUUGUAGAGAGAGCUGAUCGUUUCAUUUUAGAAGAGGAGUAAUUUAAAAAAAAAGAGGAAAGAAAAUGUCAAACUUUUGUUUAAAAAAUCGAAAGAAUGAUAAAAGUAGCAUGAAUGUAAUUAAAAGAAAAGGGAAAAAUGAGAGAAAGGAAUGUCACGAAGAUCCACACAAGACACACCACCAUCGCAAAAAGGGAAUGAUGAGAUAAAAAAACACAGGAGAGAAGAAAAGUGGUAGAAAAGAGUGAAGAGAGAGUAAAUGAAUGUUGUGAAAUGCCAGUACAUGAACAGCAGAUCAUCUCCUGAGCCCGCGCCCACCCAAGAUAGAAGAUUAAAACGCAAAAUCAUGGGUAUUUAGUAAUUGUAAAACACAAAUUCUAUCAAAUAAGAUUGACUUAGAUUCACAGAGAAUGUCUUAAAAAUUUAGUGUGACUUUAUCUCACGAUGAUUUUUUUUUCUUUUUAUGGUUUUGUGUACACAAAUUUUAUCUCAACUUGUCUUUGAUCAAUUCUUAUAAUUUUUUUGCUAUAAUAGGAAAAAAAAACAAUAAACUAGGUUUUCUUUGACGAAACACAGAGAAGAUAUACAAGAGCAACAAAAAAAAACAAUCUGAGAGGAACUCAUGCAAAAAUAGAUUAAAAAGGUUAUUUUUAAUUCUUUUUUAUAUACAAAUCUUACUUAUAAAAAUAUUUUUAAAGGAAAAAUAAAUUGUAAAAAAGAAAUGGUGUUUUUUACUGUGCAAAUUGUGGUGUUCAGUUUUUUUCGUUUAUCGCUUGCUCACGGGCCGAUUUUCUGCUGACUUUUGUGUACUGUCUUUACCGCGCUCUGUCCAAGAACGGUGGGAACAGUCCUGAAGAGGAGUUUAGAUUUGUGCUAAAUAUUCCUACAUCAUUCGCACUAAGAAUGAUGUUGACAAGUAGGAAAUGAAAUCCACCCACCUGACGACAUGAAAUGCUUUUCUUCGACUUACACAGAAUCAUUUCUCGAAGUGGUGGCGAAGAAGUGUGAGACAGAGGAGGAGUUUUAAAUGUAUUUUCCAACAUGCUAUAUACAACCAAAAUGUUUCUAAAUAUCCUUGAAGAGAAGAGAUUGAAAAUCUUAUAAAUCGGAAGAGCAAUUUGAUUUGAUAAGGCGAAUGAGAAUCACAUGAGGUUAGCGAAAAAAGUGAAGAAGAAGGAAGAAGUAAUUUAAUGGUAAUAUUUAAAUUAAUUGCAUAUAAAGGAUAAUGAAGAAUUACACAUGUAAAACAUUAAUUUGUAUCGAUUGCAUAAGAAAGAGAGAAAAAAAAUAUUCCAUCUCAUUUGUGUGCAAGAAAAGAGGAAGAAAAUAAACUUUAUGUUAGAUAUCAAAUCAUUGUAUUGGACAAAUGUAUAGAAUAAAGAUGCAUUACUGAAUAGAAUCACAUUUGACGUUCAUUGAGAGGAAAGGUAGAAAGUAAAAAAUCACUCAGUUUUAAAGGGUUUAAAUCAAUAAGGAAAUUAUUAAGUAAAUCUAAUAAAUGUACAAACUGUUUUUUCUGAAGUAUUUAAUUUAAAGAAGAAAAAAAGUAAAAAGAAAACACUCAUUUCUUGGGUAAUCAUAAAAAGAUAAAAAAUCAAUGUGAAAUCUUUUUUAGUUUCUUAUUAACAAACUAACUCUUGAUUAAUAUGAAAUAAGUUUUGAGAGUAGUUGAGAAAAAGGGUUGAAUUUCGUUUAAACUAUCAUUUUUAGUAAUGUUCUAUUGACACACAAUUUUACCAUCACACGUAACGUAAAUUUCACACUUAAUAUUUAAGGAUGUUUUUUUUUCGUGAAAUCGCGCGAGUAAAAGAUUGCAUAUUUCAUCUGCGUUUUCACGAAGGUUUCUCGGACACGGAACAUAAUUUCUUCUCAUUGGAAUUUAAGAACAAGAAGAGCAAAGAGUUAAAAUUGACUAAUGGCAAUAACGAUUAAGAACCAUAAUUUUUCUCUCAUUUGUAAUCUGUAAUAAAUCUAAUUUUCACAGAAUCAAAGAACAAAGUGGAUAUAUUGUGGAGAUUGAAAGAGUAAAGAGAAAAAAAACAGAAGAAAUGCAAAACUACUCAUAAAUAAAGAAGAAAAUAACAUAGAAAUAGUUUAUAAGAAACCGUUUUUAUUAAAAAAUGACAGAAAAGUGAAAGACAUUGCAUACAACUGGUGGCAUUUCGCUGCAAAACAGCGAGAAAAAGAGGACGAAAUAAAGGAUUAUUGAAGAGAAAAAAAAUUGUCAUAUGUGUAUUUGAACUUUUUUCAUUCACAUAGUAUAUUAAAAUAUACAUAGAGGUCAGAAUUUAUAAUGUAAAAUGUAGUUUCAUGACAUGAGAUUCACGUUUCCCCCACGUUUUUUGUCCAAGUGUAAAAUCUAAAAUUAGACGCCAUGAGCAAUUCUAUGCAGUAGAAUUGGGUAAAAAUUAAGAGAUUCUUCCGAAUUAUUCAAAUGGCAUAAUUUCACUUUUUCCCCCUUUUUGACUCACAGGUGAAAGAAUUGUCUGCCAAAAUGAUACUUCAUCGCAUUUUCUUUAUUAUAAAUACACACACACACACCCUCAAAGAAACACCACAAAAAAGAUGACACAUAAUUUGCAUACAAGUCAUAUAAAGAAGGUUUAUUUGUGGUAUUUAGCAUUGAAGAUUGCAAGGACAAAAAAAGGAGCAUUGAUGGGAGGACAGAUUUGACGGAAAAUUUUAUUGAUGAAAAAGAAAAAAAUGAAAACCAGAAGAAAAACUAUUUUAAAGAAUAAAAA